AUGGAGAAUAAGUUGAUAAUUCAUAGGCCGCUGUACUUUUCUGAUAAGAGUGACUGUGGCUAUUGCCAUGGGAAGAAGGCUAAAGGCAGCGACUUUUACUCGUUGGAAUCCUGGUAUGAAAGAAUAAAAGAGAAUGCUGAUUCUGAAGUAGAGGAGCUACCCGUGAGGAGCUGCACUGUCGGUUUCCAAUGUGAGAAUAUGACCGUAGCCAUGUAUGAUCAAAUGUGUAAUAUGGGUUUUCGUAGGUCAGGGUUGUUUGUGUACAAGAUGGAUGCGUUGCGAAGCUGCUGUCGGCUCUACACUAUCAGAACUAGACCGGAUUGGUUUAAGCUGACUAAGGACAUGCGAAAGUGUAUUAACCGGUUUCGAAAGCAUGUGCUGGGCGAGCCUGUGGCUAACGCAAAAACGCAGGGCUAUGUUGAGGAUAUUGUGGACAUUGAAGGUCAGAGCGACAGUAUAAACUUCUACACCAGAUUUGGGCCAGCAGUAUAUACUGAUGAGAAGUAUGAAUUGUUUUCAAUUUAUCAAGAACGUGUCCAUCAAGAUUUUGAUCACAGUAAGAAGGGCUUUAAGAGGUUUCUUUGCGAUGCUCCAUUUACGCAAGGAGUAAUCAUGGGAACCGAGGAAGAAUGGGAACAAUUAAACAACUGGAAGUCAAUGAAACCUGGGGAGAGGCUUUUAAGAACAGGUCCCGUUCAUGAAAGUUAUUAUUAUAAAGGUAAACUGAUUGCCCUUGCUGUUACAGACUUUCUACCGAGCGGAAUUUCGUCGGUUUAUUUUAUUUGGCAUCCUGACUAUCACAAAUGGUCAUUAGGUAAACUGAGUGCAUUGAGAGAACUCUCCCUUGUAUCCAAGACUAACUUGAAGUACUAUUAUCUGGGUUAUUACAUAGAUGAUUGUAAAAAAAUGAACUAUAAGGCCAAUUACGGGGGAGAAUUGCUUGAUUCAUGCACCGAAAGAUACUUUAAAUUGUCCCAGGUUAAGGACAUGAUCAGAGGUGGGAAGUUAUUCAUGGUGGGAACACAAGGUCACGAUAUUAGCAGGGAAGUUGCUUUAUCCGAUGCUAUCAGAGAUUGCAUUUAUCAGACAGACGCGUUUGAUAUAGCCAGCGAUGAUAAUGUGGCAGAAAAGGUUUACGGUACGUCAUCUAAUAUUUAUCGACCACAAUACCUUAAAGAGGUGAUAUCUUUUUUGAAAACUUCAGGUCUUGAGUAUGACUUUCCUAUCUAUAAUGAUGGAGUAUUUAAUCAAUAUGCUAAAAGAAUAGCCAAAGACGGAGAAGAUCCUGAUUUUACUAUACCCAGCAUAUGUCCGGGGUUAAUACCACUCUGGGAAUUGAAGGAUCUGCUCAUGUCUGGUAAAUUGCAAAAAGAAUUGACAGGUAGGACAUUGGUAUUUGAUACCUCAUUUGGGUUUAUUAGAAAACUUGAACCGUGGGAAGAUGAGGACUCUACAACCAAGACGGCUAUAUGUGACGUAGUAAGGUUGUUGGGCCUUGAAAUGGCAUCCAACUCUAUAGUGGUGGUAUAA